AUGGCAUUAAGGGAAAAUGAAAAGAGUCGUCAUCGUAGUGCACGGAGAAUAGCAAGCGCUAUGAAAGAUGAUGGUGCCCAAAAGCAAGCAAGGGCACGUGAUUUAGAAGCCAGGUGCAAAGCGCGAAAGGAUGCGAUAUUGAGGGAACAUGAGAGAAGACUCGAUCGCAGUUCACGGAGAAUAGCUAGAGGGAAGAAGGACGCUGAUGUGAGGAGCCAAGAAAGAGCGCGUGAUUUGGAAGCCAAGCGUAAAUUACGAAAAAAUGCAGUAUUGAGGGAAACUGAGAAAAGUCGUGAUCGCAGUGCACGGAGGGUUGCUAGAAGUAGGAAGGACACUGACACGAGAAGCCAAGAAAGAUCACGUGAUUUGCAAUCCCGGCGCAAAGUUAGAAAGGAUACUAUAUUCAGGGAACAUGAGAAAAGUUUCGAUCGCAGUGCACGCAGGAUCGCUAGGGACGAUGUUGGUGUACGAAGCCUAGAAAGAGCUCGUGACUUAAAUGCACGUCAAAGGGUAACGCAGGAUCCGCAACAAAGGCAAAUAGAGAAGGUUCGCGAUACGAGAACACGUCGAAAAGCUCGUAAAAAUAUUGAAAAUCGGGGAUUGGAGAGAGAGGGGGAUUCAGAAGCACGGCGCAAAAUGCGUAACAAUCCUAAAUUUAGGGAAGUGGAAAGGCUACGUGAUAGGGAUGCACGUCAAAAAAUGCGGAAACUUCUAGGAUAUAGGAUUUGGGAACAAGUUCGUAACAGUCAUGCACGUUGUAAGCUCCGCAGUUGUAAAAUAUACAGGCAGAGAGAACAAUGUGGCGACAAUAUCGCGCAAAAGCUUGUACGAAUGGUACGGUUAUAUAGAACUGAAGAACAAAUGCGAAACACGGAAGCACGUAGGAAAGCUCGUAGAAAUAUUCUUUUCAGAAGUAAGGAGCGAUAUGAAGAUAAGAAGUUAAGGAAAGCUGGACGACGCAAUGAACGAUACAGGAAGUUGGAGCGUAAACGUGAUGCCACAGCCAGACGGACUGCUCGAUCUGAUCGGCAAAAUCUGCAAAGUGAAAAGGAAUAA